CAUCUCUUCUUUGCACACAUAUUGUUUCCAUCAUCCUUUAAAUAAUAUGCUCGGCUUCUCAACAUGAGGAGGCUGUACAUAACGUCGUGAUGCCAGUGUUCCGGCCAGUGGCCUCCAAACGUUAACCCAACCUCUUGUGGCGGAUAUCUCAAUUCCUACCCCCGGCAGAGUACAGCAUCCACGGACUCCUGUUUCAACGCUACGAGGAACUUGUUCACUCUACCCCAAUGCUGUCAUCAACUGCGCUGACAUAGAGAUUACCUACCAUAACGUCCCCAAGGAUAUUGUGAACAAAUCCAAGUGCACAAGAUCAGCUAGCUCAUCAUGGACUCGGAGGGUGCCCCACAAUCUCAACAGGAGAGUUCAAUUUUUGGCAUAGGGAAGCUGUCUAUAAACUCAGCCGAAGGCCAUUCUGAAGUCACGCAUCAGACCAAUGGUGUGACCCAUCCGUUGCCUGACUUAGAGGAGUCGACUGCUCCCUACAAAGUCAUCCUGCAGACAGGCGAUGUGAUCGUUGAAUACUUCGAUCCUGAAUCUGAUAUCUCGACUAAAUCCGAGGCGCGCCAUCGUCGUUGGCGAGUCUCCAGCGCUGAUCUGGCACAAAAUAGCCCGUAUUUUCGAGCCCUUCUUGACCCGGAUAAAUUCUCCGAGGGUAGACGCCUCAUGCAGCAGAAGAUGAUGCAUCAGAAGCUCCUGGCUGACAAAAUGGUGAACGCUGCGUCUUCCGACAACCAAAAUGCAGAAGUAAGCUAUCUGCCUGUCGUAAUCCUCCCGAGCAAACAUGUCUCAUCAAGGCUUGGAUUGGACGCCAUCAAACUGUUUCUGGAGAUCUUGUCAUUCAACUCCUUUGGAGAAGAACAGAAGUGUUCAUUUGAUGCGGAACUAAAGUUUCUGCCCGUGUCUUUGAUUGCAAGGCUACUGGAGCUAUCGGACGCCUUCAACUCUCCGCAUGUCGUUCGGGAAUCUCUCAAAAGAGCCGGCUACGCUUUCGGGAAGGGGAAAUAUCAACCUUCAAAAUUUGACUCCUCAUUACUGAAGCUGAGUGAGGACCGCAUCCGACAAACUGUUUUUGUAGCCCGAAUUCUGGAUGAGCCGGUCAUAUAUCAAGUGAUGACCCAUGCAUUAAUAGUCCUUGGCUCGAAGUCUUGGACAAACGGUGUCGAGCCUCCAGUUACUCCUACCUACCCCUGGCGCUAUCUUCCCAACGGUAUAGAAGAGGAGCUCUACUUCCGCCGACAAUGUGUUCUAAACACUAUCACCGACCUCCAAGCCUACUUUCUCCGCGUCUACGGCGCCCUAGAAGACCCCGAGCCCCCCAAACCUUUUGUCCCACGACAACCACUCGCACCAGCCAUCAACCAAGCGCGUCCUUUCCAAUGCCGCUACGGCUUUGGCAACUCCAGUGCCUGCGACGCCUUCCAUCUAGGGCAGAUGACGCGAUUCUUUUCCCUUCGCACAAAGACCAUCUUUCUCGGCUCGACCCUAAUCGAUCCCGACUUCACCCUCGACUCAGACACUGACUCCACACCCGAACCACCACCAGCGCCUCCAUCAGACAUGACAGCCAUCAUAGCCUCUCUCAAACAAUGCCCCGACUACCAAAUAGACCCAAACCAUGUCGGCUGCGGCAUUCGCCGCCGCUUCCUCCCUCCACUGGACUGCAUAGAACGCUUCGUCGGCGACGGACGAGGCCUCCUUGGAAUCGACUUCCACUCCUGGACGGGCCAGGAAUGGCCCUUUGCAAUCUCGUCCUCAUGGGCUAAACGUGCCCUUCCUCGCGCAAACGUCAUCGAUAUCCGAAUUUCUAAACUGAGCGCUGUACAUGGGGGAAGCGGUGCUCGACUCUCACUCACCUCUCAAGAAGAGAACGCCAGGUUACUGUUUACCGCGAAAAAGAGGAACUGGGAGGCUUAGCUCAGUCUCCUUCUAGGCUAAAGUCUAGCUUCAAUUUUAGCCUAAAGCACCUAAUCUAUAACUUGCGUGGCAUCUAAGUUCCUACAAUGACAGGGGGUUGGUUGUGUGCUUUGCACACGGGAUACAUAUAUGAUUCUUGUAUUUUCUGAUAUGUCGAUAUUCAUCUGGAAGGGGAGACUCUGUAUAUAACUUAUGUGACUUGGAAAAAGAGCAUUUGCUGCCCACGUG